CUUUAAAAUACCAAAAUUUAAAAUCGUAAAGGACAUUAGGUUUUAUAACGACAAUAAAAUUUGCUAAGGCGAGCAGGAAACCCUAAUUUGCAAAGGCUUCAGUUCACUUCACCCAUGGAAUCUGCAUGAUUCCUUUUCAUCUUCCCCAACCAUGUCAAACGGCGUCGUAGAUCAGAAACCCGAAAUGAAGCUAGCGGCGAACGGCAACUCCGUCGUUGCCGUCAGUCAGAGGCUCCGAUUGAACCCUAACACCGAUCACCAACCAGAGAGCUACGAAGAUCUCAAAUUAGAGUUCAGUCAUUUUCUCUUCAGCUCUCUCGAGCGCUACUUGCCUCCGUCUAUGAUUAAUGAGCCGCGAGAGACCAAAGUGAAGUAUAUGCUACAGAUUCUUCUUCGCUAUUCGCCGCAAGGCGAACGCAAUCGAUUCCAGAGGCAUAAAGAAUACAGACAGAAGAUCAUAUCCAACUAUCAGCCUCUGCAUCGGGAGCUAUAUAAUAUGCAUCCCACAAACUUCUUUGUACCAUCUUUUCUUAAAGCAAUCAGUGAGAACAAGGAGGAGAGUUUUAGAAAAAUAAUCACUGAACCUUCACCAGGAAUUUUAACUUUUGAACUGCUGCAGCCACGCUUUUGUGAAAUGCUUUUAGCAGAGGUUGAUAAUUUUGAAAAAUGGGUCCGUGAGACCAAGUUCAGAAUAAUGCGACCAAAUACCAUGAACAAAUAUGGUGCUGUUCUUGAUGACUUUGGCUUGGAAACGAUGCUUGACAGGUUAAUGGAAGAUUUCAUACAACCUAUAUCUAGAGUUUUCUUUCCGGAAGUUGGUGGAUCAACACUUGAUUCUCAUCAUGGCUUUGUUGUCGAGUAUGGAAUUGAUAGGGACGUUGACCUUGGUUUUCACGUGGAUGACUCAGAAGUCACCUUAAAUGUGUGUGUGGGGAAACAAUUUACUGGUGGUGAGCUGUUUUUUCGUGGGGUGCGGUGUGAGAAGCAUGUCAACACAGGAACUCAAUCAGAGGAAGUUUUGGAUUACUCCCAUGUCCCAGGUCGGGCUGUUAUUCACCGUGGUCGACAUCGUCAUGGAGCUAGAGCUACCACAUCUGGGCAUAGGCUAAAUUUGCUUUUGUGGUGCAGAAGCUCUGUUUUUAGAGAGCUGAAGAAAUAUCAAAGGGAGUUUCCAGAAUUUUGUGGUGAGUGUCAACGUCUGAAGAAAGAAAGGCAGCGACAGUCGAUUUCUGCUAUUAAAGUGGAAGUACUGAAGAAGCCGGGGGAUACCCCGUCAUGAGUGACAUUCUGCAGUUCUUCUAUUUCAGUAAAUUAUCUGCUACAAAGCACAGUCACAGUUAGUGUGCAUUAUCUUGCUCAAGUACAAAAGAUUGAAGCUUGUUGUCUGCUUUAACUUGUUGAAUGUUUUUUAGUAGCUGCAAGUUGUACAUUAAGGUCUGCUCAAGUAUCUGUACUGUUACUUUCAAGAAGGGAAGAAAGAAAAAAAAACUGAAACAGUGGUACUUGUUAUAGUUAACCUGUCGACUUAUUUUGGUGAUAUAGUCCCCUUCUGUGGUCUAAUAUAACAGAUUUAGUGAUUUAGUCACUGUUUCUGGCAAAGAUGUUGACAAGCAGGCAUGGGUUACUGAUUAGUUGUCUUUUUAGUUAA